AUGCAACAACCACCAUGGCCGUUCCAAACGUAUUACUCGGCGCACUAUGCGGCUGCCUAUCAACAACAACAACAACAGCAAACUCGAGUUAAUCUGCCUAAUCUACCCGUAGCGGGCCCUUCAAAGCGGCCGCCAGGCCAGCCCUCCUCUGCUUGGUACCAGCCAGGAAACGUCCGCUGCACCUACAAGACAUGCACUUUCUCUGGCUCCAAACAGUCUGUCGAGACACACAUGAUGGACCGCCACCUCAUCUUCCCCGCGGGCUGGGACAAGCGCAAGAAGGAGCCGCAGUGGGACGCCGAUCCGAGUCUCAAAGGGAAACAGGUCCCGAUCCAGGGGACGGGCAUCAUGCUCAACACGCCAGAGAAGCUCGCGGAGUGGCUGGCGGAGCGGAAACGGCGGUGGCCCAGUGCGCAGUUGGUUGCAGAGAAGAAACGGAAGCUGGAGGAGGCUGCUGCCCGGGGAGAGUUGGCGGCGUUGGAUAUGGGCAGGAAACGACAGCGGACGGAAAAUAAUGAAUCAAGGGGACGAGGCAGGGGGAAAGGGAGGGGGAGGGGGACUUUGCGGGGGAGAGGAAAGGGAAGGGGUAAUGCACCGAUGCCAACAACAUCGCGAGAGUCGUCUGGCUCAAGUAGUGAAGACGAUUCACCUCCAGAAGCACUUUCUUCAAAAAAGGAUGAUCCACCUCCGAUCCCAGCUCAACCCGUCUCCCGGCCACGCGUCCAACAACCAAAAAAUCCAGUGCACAAUGUCUUCGCCUCGCGCCCGACUCUUCUGCGCAAUCUAUUACUUCCCGAGAUCCGCAUCACUGUCUCCAACCUUUCCCAGGCGAUCCACUUCCUAGUGGACAACGAUUUCUUGCAAGACGUCGAACUGAAGCCGGGACAAGCUAAUCAAAGACUCGUCCAAGUUUUAGAAGCAGGUGGAAAUGACAAUAAUAUUAGUGGGCAAUAA